AUGUCUAAAUCUUCUAUUCAUUGCAUAGUGGAUAUAUAUGUUAAACCAGAAGCAUUAGAAAAAGUACGUGCUAUAUUAUUAAAAAUUGUAGAAGAUUCACGUGCAGAAGAUGGUUGUAUGGAAUAUAACUUAUUUGAAAAUAUUAGUGAUCGAUUUCAAUUUACAUUUAUUGAAGUAUGGGAGACGGAAGAUGCAUUUGAAGAUCAUUUACAAUCUGAUCAUAUUCGACAAGCAAGUGUUAAUGUGAACGAAGAUUUAACAAAAACGCCUGAUAUAAAACGUUACAAAAAGAUACAAGUAGCUUCAAGAAAAAAGAUUGCUAGUAAAACCAGUCGUUUUUGUACAUUAAUUUAA